AUGGAAUACAUUCGAAGUGAUGAAGGAAUACUUGGAAAACCAGACUUCCACAUCAUUCACCAUCCGUCAGGUUUAUUUUCUCUCGGUCGAUGUCAAAGAAGUUAUUACUGGCAAAAAGUGAUUUCUAAUUUUUACUUCGCACAGGAGUCGAAAUUAGAACUACCAGCAAUCGUUGUUUGCCCAAAAAAUGCCGAUGCCAUUGAUGGCAAUUUGAUUGUGCGGCAAAUCAGAGACGCUGUUCCGGAAAUUGACGAUAUUACCGCAUCGUCUGUACUCCAGUUCGCUGUUGCUGGUUAUGGAUUUCGAAAUAUGGAAUCUGGUUAG